AAAGGCGCGCGCAAAAGGGGGGCGGGGGGCCGCCGUUCCAAACGCUCCGCAGCAUCACAGCAUGUCCGCGUGAAGCAGCUGCGCGCGCAAACGUCUCAAGCUCAGCUGAUCGUGUGCACAUCGGAGCUUUUCAGAUUCGGAUCAGACCCGAUCCACGAGGAAGAGGAGCUGCCUUCAUCAGGCAAACACGGAGGGAUAGCGUGCGCGCCAGACCCGCCCAGCAGAGAUGGCGAAGGCAGACCAGCGUUUUGGCCAGCGGGAUGGCUCUGACCAGAACUUCGACUACAUGUUCAAGCUGCUGAUCAUUGGCAACAGCAGCGUUGGGAAGACCUCCUUCCUGUUCCGCUAUGCUGACGACUCUUUCAGCAACUCCUUCGUCAGCACUGUUGGCAUCGACUUCAAGGUGAAGACGGUUUACCGCAACGACAAGAGGAUAAAGUUGCAGAUCUGGGACACAGCAGGGCAGGAGCGUUACCGCACCAUCACCACAGCUUACUACCGUGGUGCCAUGGGCUUCAUUCUCAUGUAUGAUAUCACCAAUGAGGAGUCCUUCAAUGCUGUACAGGACUGGGCCACCCAGAUUAAGACAUACUCAUGGGACAAUGCCCAGGUUAUCAUGGUGGGCAACAAGUGUGACAUGGAGGAGGAGAGAAUCGUACCUCUUGAGAAAGGAAAACACCUGGCUGACCAGCUGGGCUUUGAGUACUACGAAGCGAGCGCCAAGGAGAACAUUAACGUGCGGCAGGUUUUUGAGCGCCUGGUGGACAUCAUCUGCGUGAAGAUGUCGGAGCGCGUGGACGUAGAGGCACCAGCAGCUCCUGGUACCAAGACAACCAGACUGACCGACAAGCCUGCCCAGCUACCUCAGAAGUGCUGCUGAUCAACCACCCUCCCUCUUUUAAAAGCCCCGUCACCUUCUGAGCUCUACAGAAAAAGAAAUGAUGAGAUUAACUGUUGUAACAUUCCUCCUCACUCCCUCUGCUUCAGUCCAUGUUUGUUAGCCCUCACCGCAGCAGGUUCUGACAAAAAUCCUCCAUGUACUCACCUUCAUGUCCAUUUCAUGUUGGAGGCUGGCAAGCUAUUAACAGGUAACACACCAACAUGGCAUGAUCAAACAGGUUGUUUGUGUGACUUGGCUGUUUUCUGCCAUCUUCAGAAUAAUUACAGUUGAGAUUAUAAAUUGUAGUUCAAAGAUCAAACUCUGUAGAAGAACAAAACAACAAUCCUGAACUGGACUCCUUCCAUCAAGUGCAUUUAGGGAUGUCCCCUGUUCUUAUAUAGUAGAAUGCAGCUCACAGGGCCAUCUGCUGGUUACAGUAACUCACACUUGUGUAUCUACUCUGCAGCAGCUGAUGGAGACAAACCUUUACUAUGGAAGCUGUGGUCUUGAUGCUGUGCAAUUGUGGUGCAGCCAAACUAGGUGUCCUGAUGUUGAUGUGAAAGUUGCAGCCUUGAGGUGUUAUGGAUGUGGCCCAACAUGGAACUCAUUGUAGAUCAUGCACCCUCACGACAGUCCAAAGAGGGUAUCACUUGCCAUAGUCCUCUUUAGCUGUGUGUGACUGUGCCACUUAAACAUGUGAGGUACAUAACAAAACUGCUGGACAGGUGAUUGCUUUGCUGAGCCUGGGAUAGAGUCAGUCUUGUUGGCAGAUGAUUGGCAGUUCCAAAAGUAGUAGGGGAUGUUGGAAGCACUUAAAGUUAGGGUAUGAAGCAAAGUCAAGCAAAAAACAUUAAUUUUUAAUGUGAAAAGGCAAAAUAAAGCCAUGUGAAAUGAGAAUUAAAAAAAACCUCCUUACUUGGUGAACUGACAGGUUUUCUGAAAGUUCAGCAGAAGUACUUAUCAAAAUCUGAUGACAAUCAAAGAUUUCCCCUUCAUAGAAUUAGUAGAAUCAGCUAGUUUGCUAUAGCAACAUAACCCAGUGUCACUUGUAUUUUGCUCAAAAGGUGUCCUAUGUUUGCUACGAACCCCAAAUGGGAGCAGCUUGUCUGUACCUUUAGUUAGAUGAUCAAUAUUUCAGUCUACUUCAAAACUCACCAGCUUUAGAUCACCAUUUGUCAUCUGAAAAUCAUCUGACAUCAGCUAUACGUCCUCCAUCAUUGUCUGUAGAUCCUCCUCCAUAACCUGUUGAUCCUCAAUUUCCUAUAGAUCCUCCUACAUCAGCUGUAGAUUUUCCUUCCUCAGUUUUAGAUCUUUCAUCUUCAUCUGUAGAUCCCUCAUUAUUAUAGAGCAGCUUUAAUCAAUUUCAGAUCCUCUUUCAUCAACUGUAGAUCCUUCUUCAUUAACUGUGGAUCCAUUUUUAUUAGCUGCACAUACUUUCUCAGUUGUAAAUUGUGUGUCGUUAAGUAUAGGUUAUCUGUAAAUCCUCCCUCAGCGUCUGAAGCUUCUGUCUUGUUUUCUUGGUGUUCUCUUGUGUUUGUGAGGGAAUAUAGCUCAUGGGGUUUCUGCAGCUUUGUGAAAGUGCACUGCUGCAUCUGAAUUGGGUUGAGAUCACCUUGACUGGGUUAAAUUGACAACUUGAUUUUCCUUUUUUUUCUCACUCUGUUGUAGAACUGCUCAGCAUUCAGAUCAUUGUUCUGUUGUUGAGACCUUCAGCUGUCACACAGGUGGAUAUACACAACACUUUGGUCACAGUGGAGUUCAUAUAACACUUAAAUAACUGCAAACUGACCAGGCCCUAACCCACCAGACAAGCCCUCAUCAUUAACCCUUCCAUCACUCUGCUCAAUAACUGGUUGCCUUCUGAGCAAAGAUUCCUAAUUCAGCAUCAUGUUUAAGAGGCAUUGUUCCAGAAGCCUUGUAGUUUGUUCAUAUGCUGUCUUUGUGAACAAGUGAACUUCCUGCAUAACUUUCUAUAUAAAUACGGAGUUCCAGGUUCCACAUGGGACCAAUAAACUACCAUCUUGGCCUCAAUCUGAGUGCAGAACCUUCUGACAAAUAUAAAAAUUUGGUUGUACUGGUGGAAACACUCUGUUUUGUUGUAAUAAUAUCAGACAUUUGUAUGAUAAACAUGAACCAUAAACCAAACCAGAGCUUUUGAUGUUGUGUAGAGUCUAAUACUGUAUACAAAACAAUCUGGCUCUGUAGGGUCCAGUCCAGUUUGGUCUGGUUUAAUCCAAUUACCCCUGAACCUUUGCAGAUGUGUCCACAUAACCGCCAUGUUUGAAGUGUGUUACAUGAUUGUGUGUGUGUGUGUGUUUGAUACUAGUGUUGGUUCUCAUUAUAUUUAUUGCAUGUUCAGAUGUCGGGGUUCUCGUGUUUGUGUACAGAAGUGUGUGAAAUUUUGAGGAAAGUGUGUUUCUGGGUGAAUAGAUGAACAAAGACUUGUAGGUCUGUUAUUAACUCUGAAGAGAAAAAAACUAUAUCCUGCCAAACUGUUGCAUAGCGACCACAGCACACAUUAGUGUGUAACUCCCUGCCACGUGUCUUCAUAUUGAUGAGAAUACACAGUAAUAUUGACACAGUCUUCAUAUGAUUAUUUUUCAAGUGAUUUGUAAAUGAUAGAGUUAGUACUUAAUAUAAUGGUGAUGAGUAUGACUUUAUUUUUAUGCAGUGUGAACCAUGGACUUAUUCUGUAGAGUAAACUUGUUGUCUUAGGGUUUAAUCCUAUACGAAGAAGCACAAUGUGAUUGUACAAAAAUAUUGUGAAUGUUUGUAUAUUAUAGAGGCAAUUUAGUAUAAUAAAUCACAAUCUUUCAUCAGGA